CUGCGGGGCGGGGCCAGCGUGCGAGCAGAAGGAGCAGCGUUUAAUAUUAAUGAAGUCGCGCAUUGGGCCGACCCCACGUCAAUCCCGCUGCGUGACUUCUGUAGGCUGGCAGGCUGCCUUUGCCAUGAUUUCUGGGGGAGCGGGGUAAAAGUAGCAAAAAUGUUGGCGAUCCACAACACCGGGACGGACUGAAUGGAGGCCACGCUGUCUGCGGGAGGACAGAAUCCAGCCCAAACUCAUCGAGCCGCUUGUUGAGUUCUCUGUAAGCGUCCAGCCAUCGGCCUCCCCAUGCCUCCAUCUCCCCUCGACGACAGAAUUGUGGUGGCGCUGCCAAGGCCGAUUCGACCUCAGGAACUCCAACUGCGCCUGGACACCAGCUACCUGGACUCCAUCGCCGCCGGCAGCUGCAGCAACACCGUCAUCAGCACCACUGUGGUGAAGAUCAGGGCGACGGCCAAUCUUGUAACGUAUAUGCCCUCAUCCAAGGGCUCCACGCGAUCGCUGUCGUGUGGAUGUAGCAGUGCGAGCUGUUGCUCUGUGACUACAUAUGAGAAGGACAGCCAGAGCCUCAGCCACAGCCAGGUGAGCGCCAGCAGCCCCAACCUUAGCUAUGCCGGGCCCCCCACUCCGAUGGUCAGCAACCAUGGUGCUUUAAGCGUUCCCAGUCUCACCUCAGGCACAGCGAAGGCCCUGUCCACCGUCAGGGUCAUCCACCCCAAUGAGCUGGCCAAGCGGAUAACAUGCUGCCCCAUGGGUCACCCUAUAGGGCCGGUGCCGGUCAUCAUCGACUGCCGGCCCUUCAUGGAGUACAACAAGAGCCACGUCCGCGGAGCUGUGCACAUCAACUGCUCCGACAAGAUCAGCCGGCGGCGGCUGCAGCAGGGCAAGAUCACUGUGCUGGACCUCAUCUCCUGCCGCGAGGGCAAGGACUCCUUCAAGGGCAUCUUCUCCAAAGAGAUUGUGGUUUACGACGAGAGCACCGUGGACCCCAACCGGCUGACGUCCAACCAGCCCCUGCACGUGGUCCUGGAGUCCCUGAGGAGAGAGGGGAAGGACCCCAUCAUCCUCAAAGGAGGCCUUAGCUACUUCAGGCAGAGCCACGAGAACCUGUGUGAGCACUCGCUGCACCUCCACGAGGGCCUGGGCCCGGGCGCAGCCGCCGGCCUGACCGGCCCGCUACCUCACUCCCUGCCCUCCACCCCCGACAUCGAGAACGCAGAGCUGACUCCCAUCCUGCCCUUCCUGUACCUGGGGAACGAGCAGGACGCCCAGGACGCCAACCUGCUGCAGCGCCUGAACAUCGGCUACAUCCUGAACGUCACCACCCACCUGCCGCUGUACCACUACGACACGGGCCUCUUCGUCUACAAGCGGCUUCCCGCCACCGACAGCAACAAGCAGAACCUGCGGCAGUACUUUGAGGAGGCGUUUGAAUUCAUAGAGGAAGCACACCAGGCGGGUAUGGGCCUCCUCAUCCACUGUCAGGCCGGCGUUUCCCGCUCAGCAACCAUCGUCAUCGCCUACCUGAUGAAGCACACCUGGAUGACCAUGACGGACGCCUACAAGUUCGUCAAAGCCCGGAGGCCCAUCAUCUCCCCGAACCUCAACUUCAUGGGCCAGCUGCUGGAGUUCGAGGAGGACCUCAACAACGGAAUAACGCCACGGAUCCUCACGCCAAAGCUGACCGGCGUGGAAACGGUUGUUUAAAAGGAGCGCUCGCACUUGGACUGUUACGAGUGAGACCCUUUGUUUAGCUGGUUAGAGUGGAAGAGUAAUGCCAAAAAUUCCCUACUGGACGAAGUCCCGGAAGGAAACCUCAGUUGGAGAAAGGGGCGGUCCGGUUUUCCGCAUCUUUUUGGGGACAGACGAUAGGGACGACGCUGACACUGUGGCGUGCAGUUCGUGUUUGCAGGCAGGGUUGGCCACAGCAGUGCCUGUCUAAAUUAAAAAAAAAAAAAAAAAGUUGUUUGGCGUGAUCUAUUUUUCUACCGGGGUUUGAGGGGACGACCACGACGAGCCCACAGCGGCCUACUGUGCAAUAAUUUCAGAGUAGAAUGCAACUGAAACCUUGAUCUUAUAUAUGUGUAUAUAGAGGUAACAAAACAUUUCCAGCUCUUUCGCUGAAGAACUAUUACGAUGUAUCUACUGUUGUUCAGCUUUAUGGUGCAGAGAGUCAUGCUGUAAUAUUUGGCGCUGAUUUAUCCGAAAAAACAUAUUUGUCGCUGCAGUAUUUUUGCAUAUUUUUUCAGCAAUAUCACAUCUUACCAGCCAGCCAUAAAGAGCUCUUUCUCUGCAUGAAGGAGGAGGGAGGAUUGUUAUGUGAGUUUGGUUAAACUGGGUUACUGGUAAUGUUUAAUGUAAGACGGCUGAGGAUUUUCACUGCCUGCUUCUGUCUCCUCUUGUUUGUUUUUGCUCCACUUCCUCCAUGUUUGGCUGCACUCUUAUCCACCUAUGCCAACGUUCCGAUGUUCGAUUAAGAAAGUAGCAGCAUCGAUCCA